AUGUACGGUGAUGGACAUACCAAGUUAAGAUUAGCAGAAUAUCCAAGAAUAAUACAACAUCCGAAAAGUGUUAAUAUUAUCUAUGGAAAAACACUUACACUGCAAUGUAAUGGAACUAGUAGUCCUAUCGCUAACGUAACUUGGCUGAAAGAUGGCAAUCCACUGACAAGUUAUGAUGAUAUGAAGUUAAUUUUGAACUUUUACGUUUAUAGUCGUCUGACUAUAUCAAAUAUAACUACACAAGAUGAAGGAUUAUAUCAAUGUCGUUACGAUAAUAUAAUAGGAUCAAUCACUAGCGAAGUCGCCACUGUUACGAUUUACGAUUCCGAAACGGCGCAGAGUAUCGGAAGAGAAUUUCAUUUUGGAUACUUAGAUACUAUUCGAAGCGCUGCAAUACCGUUUGCUGUCAUAACAGCUCUUAGCAAAUCUACUGAUACUAAAACAAUACGAAGUAUUGGAAGAGAAUUCUAUUUCGGACUUUUCAGCUCUGGUAGUGCUGGUGCAACGGUAGCUGCUAUCGUCACAGCUCUAGAUAAAUCUGCCGCCAUUACUGUUAGAAAUAACUAUUUCAAUACAGCUACUCAAUACAAUGUUUCAUCUUACAGCUCGACAACCGUAAAACUUAAAGCAACAAGCGAAAAUAGAGUAACUGGAAUAGCUUCGAAGACAAUACAUAUCACUUCAGAUGAAGAUAUAACUGUUACCAGUUUACAAGCAUCUAGCACACUAGCAAGUUCAUGUCAUAUUUUACCAGUCCAAUUUUAUGGUAAAGAAUAUGUUAUUGCCACGUAUACUCCUCUUAUUUAUGGACAUAUGUUAAUAAUCAGUAAAGAUGCCAACACACAAGUUGAGAUUAGCUUCCCAAGCAAUACUAAUUACGGAGGGCAAACUUAUUCUAGAAAUAGGAAUCUGACGAUUAAUUUACUACCUAAUCAAGGAUUCUUUUUCCAGAUCGCGCAAGAUCUAACUGGAACAAUUAUAUAUUCUAACAAAGAUAUCUCAGUUCUAGCCGGAAAUCUUUGCGCUAACGUUCCUACAAGUAACAGAUAUUGCGAGCCUUUACAAGAACAUUAUAUACCAAGUAAAUACUUAGGCCAAAAUUAUAUAUUAUCGACAUUUACUGGUAGAGCAGCUGGAGAUAUAUAUCGUAUCGUCGCCGCUUACGAUAAUACUACGGUACGCCUUCAAUCAGCAAGUUCAAAUUACAAUUUAUCCCGAGGCGAGUUUACACAAUUCGAGUUAGCUAGCGGCACUGAUUCGUUUCUUACGUGCGAUAAGCCAUGUCUAGUUGUACAGUUCGCUAAAGGAACUAAUGCAGAUCUUAAGGGAGCUGAUCCGUUUAUGACAAUCGUACCAGCAAUCGAACAAUAUAGUAACAACCUCGUAAUAACCGUACCAUCGUUAUUUACAAUAUACAAUAUCAAUCCAAAUUACGUCUUAAUCACGAUACAAGAUAAAUAUAAAGACGGAUUAAUGUUAAAUGGAAAAGUAUUACAAGGAAUCAGUUGGCGACAAGUCACUACGAAUGAUGUAAGUAAUGUUUACUCUACAGCAUCUAUAAAUAUUUCGAUUGGUACAAGCAGAUUAACUCAUAAUGACAGUAGUAUGACAUAUGGAGCCAUUCAGUACGGUUGGGCUUCUGGUUCUAUAGGUUAUGGUUCAUUUGGCGAUAUACAAUGGUCUACAAUGUUUUCUUGUAAGUCAAUUGAAUUCACAGUCUACGAUAAUCGUAUUCAUUAA